UAUAGUUCACAUCAUCACUACACAGUUCAUAGCAUCAUGACACAUCAUCACUAUAGUUCACGUCAUCACUACACAGUUCAUAGCAUCACUUAGCUCUGUAGUAAUGGGGAGGCUCUUACUACAUUUAUUCACAGAUGCCUGAGGUGCCUGGGGCUCCUCGGGUGCCUUUAUCAUAUUUCUAUAAAACUUAAUCUUAUUUAAAAAAAAUGGCUGAUCUACACAAAAGAUUUUUACAAGAAUCCGUUCGCCAACUCAGUCGCAUGGACGACGAGUUAGCUGAGGCGCACAAAACUAUAAGUGCUAUCAAAAUAGUGGGCUUCGGUGUUAGUGUCGAGAUACCCCCCAACACAAACCUCAACUUUGUGUUGGAUAAAAUAAAAAAUUUGGGAGACCUCAGAAACCACAAUAGAACCAUUGUGGAAGCAUGCGUCUACCUCCGAUAGAAGGUAAGCAAGCUAAAAUAUAUCCCAGACAAUGGCGUAAUGUAUUAUUUUUCCGCCCUGUGCGGAAAACAAACUAAGAAAGGUUAUGAUAAAUUUGAAUAUGUCGUGUAUCCUCCAUUGGAGUUGUUCGACUUCAAAAUAUUCUUUGCAAAAGAAUCGUUCAAUACAGAAACGUUGACAAAUUUGCAUAAUUUUUGUGCCAAGUCGCUGGCAAGUCUCGCCAAGCGCCUGGCCCCCUGCCCCCAUGUAGAUGACCCUCCCAAGGCGGUCACCGAAGGGGACGCUCCCCACGCGGUCGCCGAAGGGGACGCUUCCCAGGUGGUUGCCGGAGGGGACACUCCCCAGGCCGUCGCCGAAGAGGACGCUCCCCAGUCCGUCGCCGAAGGGGACGCUCUCCAGGCCGUCGCCGAAGGGGACGCUUCCCAGGCCGUCGCCGAAGGGGAUGCUUCCCAGGCCGUCGCUGAAGGGGACGCUUCCCAGGCCGUCGCUGAAGGGGACACCCCACAGGUCGCUGAAGGGGACGCCCCCCAGGACGUCGCCGAAGGAGACGCCUCCCAGGCCGUCGCCGAGAACGUCCUCCAGGCCGUCGCCGAAGGAGACGCCUCCCAGGCCGUCGUCGAGGACGUCCUCCAGGCAGUCGCCGAAGAGGACGUCGCCGAAGAGGACGCUCCCCAGGCUGUCACCGAAGUGGACGCUCCCCAGGAGGUCACCGAAGGGGACGCUCCCCAGGCGGUCACCGAAGUGGACGCUCCCCAGGAGGUCACCGAAGGGGACGCUCCCCAGGAGGUCACCGAAGGGGACACUCCUCAGGAGGUCACCGAAGGGGACGCUCCCCAGGAGGUCACGCGGUCACCGAAGUGGACGCCCCAGGAGGUCACCGAAGGGGACGCUCCCCAGGAGGUCACCGAAGGGGACGCUCCCCAGGAGGUCACCGAAGUGGGCGCUCCCCAGGAGGUCACCGAAGGGGACGCUCCCCAGGAGGUCACCGAAGUGGACGCUCCCCAGGCGGUCACCGAAGGGGACGCUCCCCAGGCGGUCACCGAAGGGGACGCUACCCAGGCGGUCACCGAAGGGAACGCUCCCCAGGCGGUCACCGAAGGGGACGCAUCCCAGGCGGUCAACGAAGGGGACACUCCCCAGGCGGUCACCGAAGGGGACGCUCCCCAGGCGGUCACCGAAGGGGACGCUACCCAGGAGGUCACCGAAGGGGACGCUCCCCAGGCGGUCACCGAAAGGGACGCUCCCCAGGCGGUCACCAAAGAGGAAGCUCCCCAGGCUGUCACCGGAGGGAAAGCUCCCCGGGUAGUGCCCCGUAAAGCUGCUGUCCAAAAGCCCCGGGCCAAUAAACCAACUCACCAGGCCAAGAAUACCAUGGUCCCAGGGGCCCAAGGUAAUCUAAAAUCAAAGGCUGAGCACGCACCAAACAGAGUGGCAGAAGCCCGUAAAGCUGCUGCCCAACAGGCCCGGGCCAAUAAACCAACUCACCAGGCCAAGAUUACCUUGGUCCCAGGGGCCCAAGGUAAUCUAAAAUCAAAGGCUGAGCACGCACCAAACAGAGUGGCAGAAGCCCGUAAAGCUGCUGCCCAACAGGCCCGGGCCAUGGUCAAGGCUCGCCGGUUGAAAACAGCUGUAAAACAAAAGUGA